AUGCAGUUACGGAGAGAUUAUUUCGAUAAGGCGGCAACAUACCCUACUCACUUAUUCCGAAGACGUUUCAGAAUGAACAUGUCGUUGUUCUUACGCAUUGUCAACGAUUUGAAAAGGGCAACCCCAGAUUUUGAACAACAAUAUGAUGCUCUUGGAAAGCCUGGUUUUACUGCACUACAAAAGUGUACCGCAGCAAUUCGGAUCUUGGCAUACGGGUCAGCGGCUGAUGCGGUUGACGAAUACCUCCGGAUGAGUGCAAGUAGUGCUUCUUCCUUUUUAGAAUCAUUCGUGGAAGGAAUCAUACAGGUGUUUGGGAAUAAAUACCUAAGAAGACCCACACCGGAGGAUCUUCAAAGACUACUCGAUAAAGGAGCGGAACGUGGAUUUCCCGGGAUGAUAGGAAGUAUCGACUGUAUGCACUGGGAGUGGAAGAAUUGCCCUACCGCUUGGAAAGGGCAAUAUUCACGUGGUUUUGCGAAGCCCACGAUCGCUUUAGAGGCUGUAGCUUCACAUGAUCUCUGGAUAUGGCACACGUUUUUUGGAGCUCCAGGUACCUUAAACGAUCUCAAUAUACUUGAUCGAUCACCUGUUUUUGAUGAUAUAAUAAAUGGUCAAGCUCCACCAGUGAAUUUCUCUGUAAACGGAAAUGAGUAUCAUCUAGGAUACUAUCUCGCAGAUGGUAUUUAUCCGGCAUGGGCAACUUUUAUCCCAACUAUUAAAAUUCCGGUAAACCCAAAACAAAAGUUAUUUGCUAAACUUCAAGAAGCUUUCUGGAAAGAUGUCGAGCGUGCGUUUGGAGUCUUGCAAGCUCGUUUCGCCAUUAUUAAAAAUCCGGCCCUCUGUAUGGAUAAAGUAAAAAUUGAAAAGAUUAUGAGAGCAUGUAUCAUACUUCACAACAUGAUAGUAGAAGACGAACGAGAUGGAGACUAUGAUGAAGCAGAAUUCCAACCAAGAGAAGGAAACAUAAGUUCAGAUGUACGUCAUUCAGAUGAUAUGCCUACGAAUGUCGAAGAAAUGAUGGGUGUUCGAGUAAAUCUUCGUGAUGAACAAAGGCAUCAACAAUUGAAAUAUGAUUUGGUUGAGAAUGUAUGGGAAACAUUUGGACAUCUGUAUUAA